CUCAACUUCGUCAGCAAAAAGGCACGUUGUGUUUUCCCAAACGAGCAACAAGGAAGCAUAAAACACUAUCAAAGCAUUAUUAUGAGUUGAAUUCCGGUAUUAUCUCAGUUACUCUUCUGUUGACAACAGAUAAUGAAAUAUGAGGAGAAAACAGCUGAUUAAUGGGAAAAUGUUCUGGUGGAAUAAAGAAAACUAGAAUUCAAGAUCUACGGGGGAUCCCACAAUUCUCUGAAUUGAUCAAGCAGUCAUGGCGGCAUUAGCAGCAGGACUUGUUGUCACCAGUGUUUUACUGACAGUUGUAGUGGGAGGACAGAAAAACAAACAGUUUGAUAUAAUAUUUGAAAAUCAUUUGAAUAAUUUUCCUCUGCAAAAUAUUGAGUAUGAUCCUUGGAGUAACAAUUUCUUUGCUAGUGGUAAAAAUAUCUUGUAUAGGUUAGGUUUGGAUGGCAAAACAGUAGUGUCAAAACAGAUUCGCCCAAAGGAGGAUUGUUUUCCAAAAGAAGAAAAGUACAGAGAAAAGUACUGUAAAGAUGAUUACAAUUAUGUAAUGGUGGUAACUCCAGACAGUUUGAUUACCUGUAGCACUUUAUAUGGAGGACGAUGUAUCAGAAGAAAUAAAAUGACUUGGAAUGAUACUUCUGCUAGUAAAGUAAUUCAGGUUAUGUCAGAACCAGAUGCUUCAGCUGUAGGCAUUUUUCUAAAUGUUAGUGUGAUGAUAUCUGAAAGCAAGACCUUUGAAAAUUUACUGUUGUUUGCAAAAAAUUAUGUUAAAUUGCCAAUAUCUUCACCAACUUUGGAGAAAAGUGUAAUUUUUUCUGCUUUACCAAAUCUCACAGCAAGAAGUUUUUCAGCAUCUCUUGAUAAAGUUGGUAUAUUUGAUAUUUUCCUAGGAAAAGAUCAUUUGACUUUAGUGAAAAUGGACUUCAGAGUUGCAAUAGAAAAUGAAGAUUUUGUUUUUCUGCUGGUGAAUCAAAACUCCCAAGCUAAGCUUGUCAAAAUUUGUAAGUCCAUUGAUGGUAGAGAUCCAAAGAAAGUUUAUGAAGACAUCCCUAUUUCUUGUUCUGGAAAAGAUGGCACCAACUACACCAGUGUUGUGCAUGGAACAUUUGUUUCUGUGACUGGAAAAAGAUACCUUGUGGCCCUUUUUACUAACUCUUCUGGAUCUUCUGCCACAUGUGUUUACAGUGAAGAGGAUAUUUAUCAGGCAUUUUUGAAGUCCAGGAGAAACAGAUAUGGAUGUCCAAAGAAUGAUCUGCCAGAAAAUGAUUUGAUAUUUGAUGGUGCACUUAAUAUUGCAACGUGUAGAAACAUCUCUAACAAAGAUGAGUUAAGUGGAAUUUAUGAAGCUUUUCAUGAAACAGUUUUCUGUAAUCAUGUUACAAAUGGAGCACCUCAGUUUGGUAUCAUCAUCGGUCAGUUACCAUUGGAAGGCACUGCUGUAUACACCACUUCUCAUCUCUUCACAGUGGUAGGGAGACUUGUCAUCAAUGAUCUGGCCACUCUGUAUAUUGGAACAACAAAUGGCUUAAUCAUUAAGGUGUUCUUAGAUACUUCAAAGAAUUCAAGCAUAGAGUUGGAGGAAUUGAAACUGGACAAUUCAGAAAUAAAAGCUGUCAAAGAUGUAAACAGUGAGAUAUAUGCUAUGUCACAGAAUAAGAUUGUUAAAUUGCACCAGCAGAGAAAUUGUUCACAGUACUCACAGAAUUGCACAGCGUGUAUGGGAGCAAAGGAUGCCCAUUGUGGAUGGUGUAUUAAUACUAAUAGUUGUUCACUGAAGACUGAGUGUACAAAUGCCAGCUUUUGGUUACCAUCGGUGAAGAAGCAGUGUUUAGAUCUUCGUUUUAAUGGUAACUUAUUGAAAAUGGCCAUUGAUCUGGAUUCUAAUUCGAAAAGUAACUUUUCAGUCAAAUUUGUUCCCAAAAUUGAAGUUUUGUCAGGCAUGAGCUGCAUGCUAGGUGGACAGUUAUUGAGAAGAUAUGUUGGAACUGAGGAUAUCAAGUGUGAGAUUAAUCUGAGUCCCUCAAGACGUGAUAAUGGAGAAUCUGUUUCAUUUCCAGAAGGAGAGGUGUUACUUAAAAUUAUCCUGAAUAAUGUUCCAAUUGCAGCAAGGCAUGUUUUGUUUUACAAAUGUGCUUCAUUCUCAAGUUGUGGGAAAUGUUUAGAAAAUGACGUCACUUCCUGUUAUUGGUGUCAAGAAACUGCUAACUGUUCCAGAGCAAGAGGGGAUUGUAAAUCUAUGCCUGGUUCACAUAAGAUCAGUGACUGUCCUCAGAUUAACAGCCAAACUGUGAAGAUACCAUCAGGUCGCACAAGAGACUUAAAAUUUGUGGGAAACAACUUAUCAGAUAAUUUUACAUAUCAGUGCCUUGUUGAUGGAAGGGAAUAUGUAGGAGAAUUUAUAAAUUCAGGGAAAGAAAUUUACAGUGUCUUACAGUGUAAGACUGUCCAGAUUUCUGGCAAAGGAGAGAAAAUAGUAAAGUUCAAAUAUGGUCCAUCAAGUGCGACAGUUGAUUUAGAGUCUUUCACGGAAUCUCCUAUUGUUUCUGUGUACAAAUGUGAGAGCCUUUCCCCUAACAAACAGGAUUGCAGCACCUGUCACUUUCUGAAUCAGAGUGAGGGCUACGAGUGUCAGUGGUGCCAGAAAACGGGAUGUGUAGACAUAGAUAACACCAAGUGUUCCUCUCCAGAAACAUGCAGUAAACCUGUUGUUACUAAGGUUGAUCCAUCAGAUGGUCCUUUAAAAGGGGGAACUAAGAUUGAAAUAAAUGGAUACAACUUUGGUAUAAGAAGUUCUGUGAACAUCUCUGUGGCUGGAGAACCUUGCAAUCAAGUUAAACGUAAAGGAAGAAGAUUAACUUGCACCACAAGAGAAUCAACAGCUGGCACUAAGAGUGGAAAAGUAAUCAUAACCAUUGAUGGACAAAGUUCUGUUCAAGAUGUCAUGUUUACAUACAAGAAACCAGAAAUAACAGGGAUAACCCCAAAUCGAACAAUCAAGUCAGGUGGGAGAACAAUCAUUUUAACGGGAACUGAUCUCAAUAUUGGUAACAGGAAUUACAAAGUUGAGAUGAUUUCUUCAGGCCCUAAUGAGAAAAAGGAAAGUAAAUGCAUAAUAAUUGUAUCCAAAUCAGUGGAUGGAAAAAUAGCAUGCAAGCCUUCUAAAGCAGAGAAAUUAGGACUAUAUACUUUAAAGGUGACCUUUGACAUCAACACCAAGAUAGAUGUCAGAAAUAUGAAGUUCGAAUAUCUAAAGGACCCCAACAUUACUGGAUUUGAUCCAACAGAUCUCAAGUCCAUCAACAGUGGAGGAACCCCAUUUUUUGUGAUUGGAAAAGGCUUUGAGGAUGUGAUAGAGAAUGUGUAUGUUGGCAGACAGGACGUCGACAGUACAGAGGAGGAUGAGCGCUCUGCCUGUAGAAUUCUCAACCCAAAGAGGCUUAAAUGCAAGUUCCCAGCAAUCGGAGAAGCCAACAACCGUCGCAAAAAACGAGCCACCAGCGCAGCCAUCGUCAUUCAUCUUGACGGGUUUACUCAUCCCAUUCCUAAUGUUGUGUAUGUGGAUGACCCUUUUUUCAUGGCUUUUUACAACAAUGCAACAUACACCUUUGAUCCUAGUGAACAGGAAGCCAUUAGAAUAGUGGGAAGAGACCUUGCCACAGUAGCAAAAAAGGAAGACUAUUUAGUUUUAGUUGGGUCUGGUGAAUGUGCUGUCACAAGCUUGAAUGCUACAGAACUUAUUUGUCGACCACCUGCCAAGGAGCCAUCCCCAAGGCUGGCCGAGGACAAACUCUAUCUUAGGGUACAUGUUGGGAAUGCAAGACAAAUUGUGGGAAUCAUAGAGUAUGCCAAUGAGUUUCAAAUUACAAUAAUCAUUAUCGUAGUCCUGGUAGUGAUAUUGGUGGCGUUUUCCAUCGGAGCUGUCCUGGGAGUUAGAAGAGUGAGAACCCGCAAUCAGUUAAAAAUAGCACAGAUCAUGACAGAGAUGCAGGAUCUGGAACAGAAUACAAUGCGCAUGCAUCAAGAAGAAUUCGCAGAGAUGCAGUUGAACAUUACAGAUAUAAAGCGUGACCUAGUUUCUACAGGAAUUCCCUACCACACUUUCCAGAAUUAUGCUCAGUAUAUUUUGUUUCCCAAGGAAGUGGAGUCUGGCAGUCUUAUAGGUCUCCUACAACACAGUGGGUAUACCAGUACCAGUGUACAGAAGGCCAUGGAUCAGUUUGAGAAGCUGAUGUCUAAUAAGUACUUUGUCAAGUCACUGAUUGGCACAUUGGAGAAACAAAGAAAGAUAACCCUUAUUGACAAGGCUCAGUUUUCUGCCAACUUUAGUGUUGUUAUGAUGGGGAAGAUGAGAGAUUUCUUUGAAAUUGUUAACUGUUUACUGUCAACAUUGGUGGAUGCUUCAAAUAAAAAACAACAUAAGACCUUGUUUAAUAGAUUUGAGUCCAUUACUUUGAGAUUACUUUCACAUUGGCUGUCUAUCUCAAUCUAUCCUUUCUUAAAGGAAGGUGGUGGGUCAUCCCUGUUUAUGCUGUACAAGUCCACGCAAGCUGUGGUUGAAAAACGCCCUGUGGAUGAAGUGACCGGGGAGGCCAAAAACACACUGUCCGAGUCCAAUUUCCUCAGGGAGAAGAUCGACUGCCAUGCCCUGAAACUUGAGAUUGACUUAAAUGCCAAUGGUAACUUGUACACUUGUGAGGUACUGGACUGUGAUACAAUCAACCAAGUUAAAAGCAAGUGCCUCUACCAAAUAUACAAGAACAAACCGGCCUCAGAAAUGCCAACCAUAGACGAAGUGGAUUUAGAAUGGCUGGCUGGCAAGAGUGGGCGUCUUACUCUGAGCAACAUUGACCAGACAAGUGAGAGAGAAGACGGCAUGGUUCGCCUUAACACACUGCAGCACUACAAUGUGAUGGACGGCAGUCGUAUGGCCUUAUUGUACAAAUUCUCCCCUGAUGAUGAGGAAGAUCCCUAUGAAAACCAACGUUCUCCCUCAGAUGUGGACAUAGCCAUUCCUCCUAAUGUUCAUCUAAUUCAGUCAGUCUCAACAACUGGAAGUCUUGAAAACCUCAGACGGUGGCAUUUGGUCAAGAAUCUGGAAGAGGAAGAGUCACCUGAGAAGCAUUUAAAACCCAAAGACAUGGUGAAGACCAGCCAUAUCACAAACCUGAUGCAUACAAAGCUAGUCUUACAGGACAAUAUUAAGGAAGUGUUUGACAGUGUACUAAACCAUGAGACAGUUCCGUUAGUGGUGCAUUACCUAUUUGGAGUAUUGGAAAAUCUGGCUAAUAAGAAUGGUGUUGAACCAGAAACUUUACUGUGUUGGAAGAGUGAAAGCUACGCCAUGAGGGUGUGGGCCACGCUGCUAGUCCGUCCGGAGUUUCUGUUUGACAUUCAGAAAGUCAAGCAUGUGGAGCCAUGUCUGGAUGUUAUCAAGCAGGUCUUCAUCGACUGUUUCCAUUCCACCAAGAUCAGCAAGGAUUCCUCCCUACAAAAGCUGCUGUUUGCCCAGGAAGUUCCACAUUACCAGAAGAGAACGGAACAGUUUUACAAGGCUCUGGCUAACAAGGCUGCUGUAACAGAUGCGGAUUUCUGGAACGAAAUGUCCAGACUUAAUACAUUACAGCAGGAACAUCUGAAGUUCUCUAAACCCGCCGCUCUACAGAAGCUGUACAAGUUUGUUCAGCAAUACAUGGAGGAGAUCAUUGAGGAUUUGGAUGAAGGUCCCGAGACAAGUGGACUUCAGUUCGGCAAGAAACUGGAUGAAAUUAUCCGUCAGAUGGAGACUGACUCCUGACUAUAUGAUAGAUAAAUUGAUGAUGUGAUAGUCAUGAAAUGGACACUUAAAAGAUAAACUAUUGUUGCUGGAUUAGGCGGUGCAUUAUAGUAGUAUGGUUUGGUAUAGCCAAGCAAUGUGUAGUUAUAGACUGUACAAAACCAGAAAACCAAAGACAAGUGAAGCAAAAAGCUGAAAGCCUAAAAUAUUUUUGUUUACACCACAUGAUUACAAAAUAUAUAUUCAUAUUAAUGUAUGUGCCUAUUAGCUAUAUAGUUCAUUAUAUUUUGCACAGAUUUCUAUAUUUUUUAUGUUUCUACAAAUGCUAGUUUGAGAAACAAGCUGGUUGGAAAAGCUAGAGGUUGUUGUGGAAUGUGAAGCCCAGUGUCCAAGAUUUUGGUGCAAAUUUCUUUUUAAAGCUUGCUAUAAUUUUAUACCAUUUUCUGAAAUGUACUGUGUAUGCCUGGAAAUGCACUUUUUUAAAUAUAUAAAAUUUUAAUGAUUUUAUACCCAACAAAAGCUUCCCAACCUUGAGUUAGAAAAUGCUGAUUCAAAACCAGUGCUUUUUAUUGUAAAUGUAUUUUUUGUAAAAAUCAAAAUAAAUUUUAUCUUUUAACUUUGAGGUAUAGCAGUUGUUAAUAUAAAUAUACAAACCUUAUGUUUUAUCAUAACAGCAUUUCUUUCUUUUACUGCCAAUUGUAUGAAUGCCUUAAUUGUAUGUAUAUAAGAACUUGGAAUUACAAUGAAGCGCAUUGAAGUGAUAUUUAGUUUAUUACAUGUUUUUUAUUUUGGGGAAUAUUUUUCUUGGAAAGCAAGAGGAUUGAAGAUUGAUGAAUCAUUAGGACUUUGAUUCCAAAUGCAUGUUGUGUUUUAAACCAAAUGAUUUGUUUUACCAUUGGAGCUCUUAGUUGAUUUUAUCUCAAAAACAGUCUGUGAUGUUAACUAUGUGUAUUGGAAUGAUUAUAAAGUGUACAGUUUAUGCAAAGCAUCUAUUUCGCCCAUUGUAUAUAAAGGUUCCUUGGAAUUCAAACUUAUUAUAUUUCACAAAUAGAUAUUAGAUAUCAGCAGAAAACUAUACAUUUAGUCUUAUUUUAGUUUUCAAUAGGUGAUGGUGAAAUUUUAUUACAUUUAGAAAGUCUAAUUCUGUAGCAUGCAUUUAGUUGCUUUAAAUAAUGUCAAGAUUUUAUUGGCAUGAUUCAGUAAAACUUGAUUUAGUAGAUGAUUAAUCCCUAGAAAAUUUUGUAAAAAAAUCAUAGAAUUUAGUUUAUCUUAAUUGAUAUUAAUAUUUUUUAAAUCUUUGGAUUUCAAAUGACAAUCUCAUAGAUAGCAGUUUGCAUAAUAUUGACUAACAAUCAAUCUGGAUUUUUUUCCCUCCCAAAACGAAAGAGUUCACAUUUGCACACAAUAGAUGAACAGUCUCUAUAGUACCGGUUCACUGUACAAAAAAAAAAUUGAGGAACAAUCACACAAAAGAAUGAUCAAUCAACAGAUUUCUGAUUCCUUUUAUACGCAAUUUUGUAUGUUUUUUUUUUAAAAAGGCUAUGAACCCUAAAAGUCUAUUCAUAAAAUGACCCGAGAGUUUGGGAAUUUUAGUAGAACUCAAAUACAACUGAUUUCUGAUGGACUGUUGUUAAUGGAAGGGUUUAGGUUAUACUUUUACGUUAGAUUAAAAGUGAUGUAAAUGUUUAUAUGUUAUGAUGAGAAGCCUACUAAAGAGUGCUAAAAUUUGCCAUUCCAUUCUUAUAAUAUAUAUUCUCACCAUGCUUAUUAUACAAAAUAGAACAAAGAAAUAAAGAAUUAUUUUCUUUUU